AUGAGCGCGGGCUGGGAGCGCGGGGCGGCGGCGGCGGCCCCCAGAGUGGUGCCCGCGCCCUGCGCCUCGAAGGUGGAGCUGCGGGUGAGCUGCCGGCACCUGCUGGACCGCGACCCACUCACCAAGUCCGACCCCAGCGUGGUGCUGCUGCUACAUUCGCAGGGCCGGUGGGUGCAGGUGGACCGGACGGAGGUGGUGGGGAGCUGCCUGCACCCCGCGUUCUCCAAGGUCUUCACGCUCGAGUACUGUUUCGCGGAGGCGCAGAGGCUGCGCUUCGAGGUCUACGACAGCCACGGUCCCGGCGGCCUCGGCUGCCAGGACGACGACUUCCUGGGGGGCGUGGAGUGCACCCUGGGGCAGAUCGUGGCCCAGAAGAAGGUGACCCUGGCGCUGUUGCUGCGGUCCGGCAGGAACGCCGGCAAGUCCACCAUCACAGUGGCGGCCGAGGACAUCUGCACCAACAGCGGGUUCGUCGAGCUCUCCUUCCGGGCCCAGGAGCUGGACGACAAGGACGUCUUCAGCAAGUCGGACCCCUUCCUGGAGCUGUACCGGGUGGACGAGGACCAGAGCCGGCAGCUGGUGCACAGGACGGAGGUGGUGAGGGACAACCUGAGCCCUGAGUGGGAGCCCUUCAAGGUGUCGCUGAACUCCCUGUGCGGCGGCGACGAGACACGGCCUCUGAAGGGCCUGGUCUGGGACCACGACGCCCGAGGAAAGCACGACUUCAUCGGGGAGUUCACCACCACCUUCGCGGAGAUGCAGGCAGCCUUCAGGGGGGGCCAGGCCCAGUGGGAAUGCGUGAACGCCAAGUACAAGCAGAGGAAGCGGCAUUACAAGAACUCCGGGGUGGUCAUCCUGGCAGAGCUGAAGUCCUCCAGGGUCUACUCUUUCCUGGACUACGUCAUGGGCGGCUGCCAGAUCCACUUCACGGUGGCCAUCGACUUCACGGCCUCCAACGGCGACCCGCGGAACAGCUGCUCCCUGCACUACAUCCACCCCUUCCAGCCCAACGAGUACCUGCAGGCCCUGCUGGCCGUGGGCGAGGUCUGCCAGGACUACGACAGUGACAAGAGGUUCUCAGCUUUGGGCUUCGGAGCCCGGAUCCCUCCCAAGUUCGAGGUGUCCCACGACUUUGCCAUCAACUUCGACCCCGAGGACGACCGGUGUGAAGGCAUCCAGGGCGUGGUGCAAGCCUACCAGCGCUGCCUGCCCAGGGUCCAGCUCUACGGCCCCACCAACGUGGCCCCCGUCAUCUCCAAGGUGGCCCGAGUGGCCGAGGCCGAGGAGCGCACCGGCGAGGCCUCGCAAUACUUCAUCCUGCUGAUCCUGACGGACGGCGUGGUGACCGACAUGGCGGACACGCGGGAGGCCAUUGUGCGCGCCUCCCGCCUGCCCAUGUCCGUCAUCAUCGUGGGCGUGGGCAACGCCGACUUCACGGACAUGCAGGUCCUGGACGGGGACGCCGGCGUCCUGUGCUCCCCGCGGGGCGAGCCCGCCCUCCGGGACAUCGUCCAGUUCGUGCCUUUCCGGGAGCUCAAGAGCGCGUCCCCGGCAGCGCUGGCCAAGUGCGUGCUGGCCGAGGUGCCCCGGCAGGUGGUGGAGUAUUACAGCCACAGGGGGCUGCCACCUCGGGGCCUCGGGGCCCAUACCCAGGACAGCAGGCCGGGCCCCACACCCUGAGCACACACAGAGGAGGGGCGACCGCCAGCUGCCUCCGGUCUCCAGCACCCUCGUGGUCCCUUAAAUCCCCCCAAACUUCCUGGGGACCCUUGCCCCCCCGCCCAGUCCCACCUCUCAUCCUUGGGGCCCCCAAGGCUAGAGGAUGAACCAA